GCUAGAGCCUGCCCCAUAUAUUUGUAUUCCUUUUGGUUUGUGUCUUUUUUGCCUUCAUACAGAGACCUCAUGAGAUAGAUCAGAGAAGUCACAACAUUUUGAAGAGUGGACAUUCAUUUCAAAACUUUUUUGAUGUUUGCAAAAAUGGUGUCCAAGUUGACAUCUUUGCAGCAGGAGCUGUUAAGCGCCCUGUUGGAUUCGGGGGUGACCAAGGAUGUGCUUAUCCAGGCGCUGGACGACAUGGACCCCACGCCGAACGGCUAUGGAGUUAAACUCGAGAACUUACAGAUGUCACCGUCAAGUUCUAAAAUGAACGGGAGCGACACAGAUUCCAAGCCGGUGUUUCACACGUUAACUAACGGACAUGGGAAAGGAAAGCUAUCCGGAGACGAGGGUUCUGAAGACGGAGAUGAUUACGACACACCGCCGAUUUUGAAAGAGCUCCAGUCGCUAAACACAGAGGAGGCAGCGGAGCAGAGGGCAGAGGUGGACCGCAUGCUAGCCGAGGACCCGUGGCGCGCGGCUCGCAUGAUCAAAGGCUACAUGCAGCAGCACAACAUCCCACAGCGCGAGGUGGUGGACGUUACUGGCCUCAACCAGUCGCACCUCUCGCAGCACCUCAACAAGGGCACGCCCAUGAAAACACAGAAACGAGCGGCGCUGUACACCUGGUACGUCAGGAAGCAGCGGGAAAUUCUUCGACAGUUCAACCAGGCAAGUCAUGGUUCUGUCAGUAUGACAGACAAGGGCAGUCAGGAUCAGGUGCUGUUUUUUUUCCCAGAGUUCAACCAGUCGGGCCAGGGGGGCAUGGGGUCGCAGCCCGGCGAAGACCCGGCCGGCGAGCCCGCCUGCAAGAAGCUGCGGCGGAACCGCUUCAAGUGGGGGCCUGCCUCCCAGCAGAUCCUCUACCAGGCCUACGAUAGGCAGAAGAACCCCAGCAAGGAGGAGCGGGAGGCGCUGGUGGAGGAGUGCAACAGGGCUGAGUGUCUGCAGCGGGGCGUGUCACCGUCCAAAGCGCAGGGCCUGGGCUCCAACCUGGUGACGGAGGUGCGGGUGUACAACUGGUUCGCCAACCGCCGCAAGGAGGAGGCCUUCCGCCAGAAGCUGGCCAUGGACGCCUACACGGGGCCCACGCACAGCCUCAACCCCCUGCUCACCCACGGAUCACCACACCACCCGCAGGCCAGCAACUCCCCACCCAGUAAGAUGCACAGUGUUCGAUACAGCCAGCAGGGCCCCGGUGAGGUCAGCUCCUCGACGACCAUCAGUCACCACGGCAACAGUGGCAUGGCCACCAGUCAGUCAGUGCUGCAGCAGGUGUCGCCGGGCGGGUUGGACCCCAGCCACAGCCUGCUGUCCCCGGACCCCAAGAUGAUUUCGGUGUCGGGUGGUGGCCUGCCUCCGGUCAGCACGCUCACCAACAUCCACAGCUCCCACCACCCCCACCAGCAGGCCCAGAACCUCAUCAUGCCCCUCUCUGGAGUCAUGGCCAUCGCACAGAGUCUGAACACGUCGCAGUCCCAGUCGGUGCCGGUGAUCAACAGCGUGGCGGGCAGUCUUGCGGCUCUGCAGCCGGUCCAGUUCUCCCAGUCGCUGCACAGCCCACACCACCAGCAGAGCCUCAUGCAGCCCUCACCCGGACACAUGGGCCAGCAGCCAUUUAUGGCCACCGUCACACACUCACACAUGUACCCACACAAACAGGAGCCCCCACAGUAUUCCCACCCGUCGCGCUUCCCCUCGGCGAUGGUGGUAACGGACGCCAACCUCAGUACGCUCAGCUCCAUGUCCUCCAGCAAACAGGAUUCUCCAGUAAACAAGAUGGUGCAACUGGGGGGUCUCUCCUGGUGUCCCCUACAAGCCUGGUGAACAAGCAAGCACACCUGACUUCGUUGGUGCCUAGCAACAGGGGCCACAUUUUUCCACCCAUGCGCCACAGUUACCAUGGCAACUCCUAAUAACUGGCAACUGCUCACCGGCUGAUGAGUCAGUCAAUAAAUCAGGACUCGCUGCUGAGCAGAGGGGAGAGGAGGAGAAGAAGAGAAGAGAAUGAGAGGGAAAAGAAAGAGGUGAAAGAGGAGGGAAAUGAAACAAGAAGAAGAAAUGCACUAGUCCACCAGCCCCCUCAAGCCAAGCACAGCACAGGCCAACUGACUGGAUAUAAAUGCCCGGUGAUGAAUGAUCAAUGUGGAUCACAACCCCUUUCUCAACCUCCCCUGGCUGGCUGACUGGUCUAAAUCUGUCUCGAGUGGACAACUAUUCUUAGUCUGGGUAACAACAAUGUAACCUUGGGGGAUUGGGACAAAGAUGUGCGAGUGGUCUUCACGGACGGGAGAAGAAAAAUGACGAACAAAAGCAUAGAGAAAAAUUGUGGUGCUUGCAUAAUCAGACUUUUGAGGUUCACACCACUGUCAGACACACUUUUUUUAUUGACACUCUGCACUCAUCGUAAUCAUGCUAGCAGCACAACCACCCACGUCACAGCAAUGUCCCUGAGACUCACAUGAACUGGACCCAAUUGUAGCCUAUAGCCAAGACUCUUCGUGAUUGCUCUGCUAACUUGAAACAUUGUGAAGUCUUAUGUGUGUUUUGUUAUGUUUUUUUUCUCAAACUAAGCUGUGUGCAUGCACUCUUAUUGUACGACAAUCAGCUAUCGAAAGUGUGUGUGUGUGCGUGCGUACGUGCGUGUGUGUGUGUAUGAGAGAGAGAGAAAGAGAGAGAGAGAGAGAAAGAGAGAUUGUGUGUAGGAGUUAAAGUGAAUUAAUCACACAGCCUUUUCUGCAAUUUGAGUCUUCCAAGCAAUGAUAUGAUGGAUGUGCUUGCUAUGCCGUGUACAGUCAGCAUAUAUGGCAGCCCGUCAUACAUUAUAUUUCACAUCCACGAUAAGCAUGUAAAUAUUUGACAGUGUGGCACGGUGAGUUGAAUGAAGUGAGAGCAUCCGCUGCGUGCUAUUGUUGCUAUGUAUUUUACUAUGCUAAGUUUUGCUCUAUGUAUUAACUAUGAUGUACUAUAUAUUUUUGGUAACACUUUAUUUUAGGGAUACAUCUAUUAGCACUAAUACAUACAAUGUUAAUGCCCGCAUAAGUAACUUUUAAGGCAUGUACUAAGUAAACACUAAGGCCUACUAGGUCCUUAAUAAGGUUAAAUUGGUAAUAAAUCCCUUAUUGUGCAUGAACAAGACAUUUGCGAAUACAUGCCUAACAAAUGUUUGAUUUUGCUUUGUACAUGCCUUACAAGUUACUUAUACAGGGAAAUUGUAUAUUAGUGCUAAUAGAUGUAUCCCUAAAAUAAAGUGUUACCAUAUUUUUUUGACUGCUGUUUAUGACAAUCUGUUGAUUUACGACACACUAUGGAAGGACUAUGCAAUCAAUUAUGGUACUGCCAGCAUGCGUUCCAAGUUUUGAAAGAAAAUGAAAAGAGGGCUUGGAGUGUGUGCGCAGUCUCUUCCCAACAAUGUGAUAAAAAAAACGUUUUCAUCUUGACCCUCCUGUUCCUGCUCAUGAUAAUGAUGAAGAAAAAAGAACCUGCAGACCGUAGAAUAAGAAGGAUGAAACUGGCAUUGGGCUGCAGUUGCCAGUGACCCGUAGCCUACAUGAAUGUAAAUAUAACAGAAUAUGUCAGGAGACAUUUUGUAGCUCACUGUACCUACAUAUCAAUGAAAGGACGCUGCCCUGUGUCUAGUAUGAAUAAUGAAGGCUGCAAUUCAUAGUCUAGUAAAGCUUGAGCAAGGCAUUAUCUUUCCUAAAGCUGUUUCCAUGGUCACAAUAUCAUACAGUGGGGUUUCAGUUUUGCUGUUUAAUUUUGUGUAACACUGUGGUUAACUUUUGGCUUGGUCAAACAUCUGAUAGGGAAGAAAAGGUCUGGGCAUUGUAAUGGUUGUUUGGCAAAGAGAAGAGUCAUUUGGGUUUUUUAUGUGCUUAUGUUUUAUGUUCCCGGAAGCAGUACUUCAGUCCAGUAAAUCAGAUUUCCUGGGAAUGUGCAAACUCAAAUUAGUUACGUACGUCUGACAAGGCAAACAGUAUUACAGACUUAUGCAGCCCUGACCCAGAGUAAAAUGGAUCACACACGAUUAGAAGUGAUUUCACUGUUCUUUAUUCACAAAAGGUGUCCACUUUUUGCUAUGUGACUUGCAGUUUGUGAUUUGUGUAAAAAAAACAAAGCUUUUUAAAAUGUUGUUUCACAUUCCCUUGGACCAAUGUAAAGACUUCUUCUAAAGGUCACUGUUGAUAUAUUUUUAUGAUAUUUUGUCUUGUGCGCUGAAGACAAAGCCACUGCCAGCAUCACACUGGUUACAGCUCUCAGUUCGUACUAAAACACGAAAAGAUGUGAUUUCUCUUGUAUUAUUUUUGUAUAAAUAUGGAAAUUAAUCUUUUAAAAAUCAUUAUUUAUACUUGUUCACAAAUAACAUGAGUAAAAAAAUGUUGUUUUCCAAAAUUA